CUCUCACAGAGUGACCGACUUCUAAUUAAAGGAGCGAAGAUAGUGAAUGAUGAUCAGUCUUUCCAUGCCGAUAUCUAUAUGGAGGAUGGAGUCAUCAAGCAAAUCGGUGAAAACCUCAUAGUUCCUGGUGGCGUGAAGACCAUCGACGCCCACGGCAGGAUGCUGAUACCCGGUGGCAUCGACGUUCACACCCGCUUCCAGAUGCCCGACCGGGGAAUGAUAGCAGCUGAUGACUUCUACCAGGGCACACGAGCUGCUCUC